AUGGCCACCUUAAAGACUAGUGGACACCUUGAAGAUCAGUGGGCUUUCCAAGCCCAAGUUCCAUCAAGAAAGUUUGCUGAAGGUUUGAAGCAGGAGUUGAAGAGGGUGGUGGUGCCUAUGGCCAUCACUGAGUUUCCGGCCUUAGUUGAGAAGGCGAAAGUUGUUGAGCGGUUGGAAGGUGGAAACCGGGUGGAAAAGACUGUUGAGAGACCAACUAGGUCCAAGAGAGGUGGAGGUCAAAGGAAGCCUUAUGAUAGGCCCCAUUCACAGCAAGGGGGUCCUAUCACAAGGAAACCUACUGACAUAGUUAGAGAUGGAAGUGCUUUAGGUGGCCAGAUGGGUCACGUGUCGACUAGUUGUCCUGCCGGUGCCAGACAGACUAGGAGUGCUCCAAGGGGUGUUAGACCUACUACAACUGGGGGGGUGUUCACCUUGACCGGAGUCGACGCUUCCACUUCAUCUGAUCUAGUGAAGGGGAAGGGUAAAGCUACUGGUAAGGAUGUGAUGAUUUUGUUUGAUUCAGGAGCCUCCCACUCUUUUAUUUCCUAUGCAUGUGCUGAAAAGUUGGGUUUGCCUGUACGUGGUUUGGGGUUGAGACUGCUUGUGUCUACGCCCGCUUCUGCUUCUAUUGUUGCUUUUGAGAUAUGUGUUGGUUAUCCUUUAGAGAUGGGUGAUAGGAAAUAUGGGGUUAUUGCUGACAUAGAAGUCAUUAGGGAAUUUUUGGAGGUGUUUCCGGAUGAAGUACCUGGGUUAUCUCCUACUAGGGAGAUUGAGUUUAGCAUUGGUUUGGUUCCUGGUGCAGGGCCAGUGUCGGUUGCUCCCUAUAGGAUGGCCCCAGUAGAGUUGGUUGAAUUGAAGAGACAGUUGGAAGAGUUGUUAGAGAAGUAG